ACAAGUUGCAUAUUUAUAUUAAAUGCCAUUUGUUUAUAUUGAACAAAUUUGGUAUUUAUACCCAAUGCAUUUAAUGGCAUAAAUGUGAAUGACAAAGAAACUCAGGAAGGCAAGACAUAGAGGAAGGCCACUGGCUUUUCAGAAACCACUCAGCCUGUGAGCUCACUUCCCUUUUAUGAAAAAAAGCUUUUGCUUUUAAGGUGUCCAGAUAAAGGUCACACUCCCAGAGCGGAGGCUAUGUGAGUCUAAGCUGUUACCUCAGUAAUGGGAGUGUGGCUGAAACUCAACACCUUCUGAUCAUUCAUGGCCAAAGCCUCUUGGGGUGGGGGAGAGGGGGCACCUUGUAUGCAUGAGAUGAAACAGGAUACCAAGAUCCCCUUAAUUCCACUCCGAGUAGAGGAAAGGAAGUGUUGCCAAAAGGAACAUGUUUUUCUAAAUUGAAGAGUUGGAAGUUUGAAGGUCAAAGUCAGAAUAUUAGAACAGAGAGCCAUGCAAGUCAGAAUAUUAGAACAGAGAGCCAUGCAUGUAUUAUCUAAUACAAUUUUCUCAUUUUAUAAAUUAUAUAAAUGAGGAAACUGAGACGCAGCAAGGUUCUAGGAUACAACCUAACCUGUGUUAGAAGAAGGAUGAGAGUGAGGCUUAGGCUGGGAGUUGCAAUGGUCUGUAAAUGUGAGGAUAAGGAACAUGCCAUUCACUGUUGUGUUCCACCUCCUAGUCCAGUGCCUGGUGCAAAGUAGGGGCUUCAUAAACAUUGGUCACAGGCCUGAUGAAGGGACUGAUGUGAGUGAAUGAAUCCAUGGAUGAUGCAUCUGUACUUUGUGUUCCCUGCUAGUCAGAUGGACUCGGACACGCUCCAUUUCAGGUCUAUCUCAUCUGAGAUAUUAUUAGAGGUUUCUCUUUAUGUGCCAUGACUGAGUAGCGUUUUCUUCCACUGAAGUAUUGCUUCCUCUUUGUUGAUGUCACAGGACAAACAUCAGAACACUUACAGGAUGUGUGUAGUGUGGCAUGACAGAGAACUUUGGUUUCCUUUAAUGUGACUGUAGACCUGGCAGUGUUACUAUAAGAAUCAUUGGCAAUCAGACACCCGGGUGUGCUGAGCUAGCACUCAGUGGGGGCGGCCACUGCUCAUGUGAUUGUGGAGUAGACAGUUGGAAGAAGUACCCAGUCCAUUUGGAGAGUUAAAACUGUGCCUAACAGAGGUGUCCUCUGACUUUUCUUCUGCAAGCUCCAUGUUUUCACAUCUUCCCUUUGACUGUGUCCUGCUGCUGCUGCUGCUGCUACUUACAAGGUCCUCAGAAGUGGAAUACAUAGUGGAGGUGGGUCAGAAUGCCUAUCUUCCCUGCUCCUACAUCCCAGCCGCCCCAGGGAACCUCGUGCCCAUAUGCUGGGGCAAAGGAGCCUGUCCUGUGUUUGACUGUGGCAAUGUGGUGCUCAGGACUGAUGAAAGGGAUGUGAAUUAUCGGACAUCCAGCAGAUACUGGCUAAAUGGGGAUUUCCACAAAGGAGAUGUGUCCCUGACCAUAGAGAAUGUGACUCUAGCAGAGGGUGGGAUCUACUGCUGCCGGAUCCAAAUCCCAGGCAUAAUGAAUGAUGAAAAAUUUAACCUGAAGUUGGUCAUCAAACCAGCCAAGGUCACCCCUGCACCGACUCUGCAGAGAGACUUUACUGCAACCUUUCCAAGGAUGCUUACCACCAGGGGACAUGGCCCAGCAGAGACACAGACACUGGGGAGCCUCCCUGAUAUAAAUCUAACACAAAUAUCCACAUUGGCCAAUGAGUUAUGGGACUCUGGAUUGGCCAAUGAGUUACGGGACCCUGGAGCAACCAUCAGAAUAGGCAUCUACAUCGGAGCAGGGAUCUCUGCUGGCCUGGCUCUGGCUCUUAUCUUCAGCGCUUUAAUUUUCAAAUGGUAUUCUCAUAGCAAAGAGAAGAUACAGAAUUUAAGCCUCAUCUCUUUGGCCAACCUCCCUCCCUCAGGUUUGGCAAAUGCAGUAGCAGAGGGAAUUCGCUCAGAAGAAAACAUCUAUACCAUUGAGGAGAACGUAUAUGAAGUGGAGGCGCCCAAUGAGUAUUAUUGCUAUGUCAGCAAUGGGCAGCAACCCUCACAACCUUUGGGUUGUCGCUUUGCAAUGCCAUAGAUCCAACCACCUUAUUUUUGAGCUUGGUGUUGUCUUUUUCAGAAACUAUGAGCUGUGUCAGCUGACUGUUUUUGGAGGUUCUGUCCACUGCUAUGGAACAGAGUUUUCUCAUUUUCAGAAGAUAAUGACUCACAUGGGAAUUGAACUGGGACCUGCACCGAACUUAAACAGGCAUGUCAUUGCCUCUGUAUUUAAGCCAACAGAGUUACCCAACCCAGAGACUGUUAAUCAUGGAUGUUAGAGCUCAAACGGGCUUUUAUAUACACUAGGAAUUCUUGACGUGGGGGUCUCUGGAGCUCCAGGAAAUUCAGGCACAUCAUAUGUCCAUGAAACUUCAGAUAAACUAGGGAAAACUAGGUGCUGAGGUGAAAGCAUAACUUUUUUGGCACAGAAAGUCUAAAGGGGCCACUGAUUUUCAAGGAGAUCUGUGAUUCCUUUUUCGUUUUUUGUUUUUGAGACGGAGUCUUGCUCUGUUGCCCAGGCUGGAGUGCAAUGGCACAAUCUUGGCUCACUGCAACCUCUGCCUCCUGGGUUCAAGCGAUUCUCCUGCCUCAGCCUCCCGAGUGGCUGGGAUUACAAGCAUGCACCACCAUGCGCAACUGAUUUUUUGUACUUUUAGUAGAGACAGGGUUUCACCAUGUUGUCCAGGGUGGUCUCGAACUCCUGACCUCAUGAUUCGCCCGCCUCGCCUCCCAAAGCACCGGGAUUACAGGCCUGAGCCACUGCAUCCAGCCAGUGAUCAUUAAAAGAUUAAGAGAUGACUGGACCAGGUCUACCUUGAUCUUGAAGAUUUCCUUGGAAUGUUGAGGUUUAGGCUUAUUUGAGCACUACCUGUCCAACUGUCAGUGCCAGUGCACAGACCUUCUUUUGCCUCCCUUAUGAAGACUGCCCUGCAGGGCUGAGAUGUGGCAGGAGCUACCGGGGAAAAAGGAAGUGCAUUCAAUUGGUGCGUAUUGGCCAAGUUUUGCUUGUUGUGUGCUUGAAAGAAAAUAUCUCUGACCAACUUCUGUAUUCGUGGACCAAACUGAAGCUAUAUUUUUCACAGAAGAAGAAGCAGUGAUGGGAACACAAAUUCUGUUGCCUGGUGGAAAGAAGUCAAAGGACUUCAGCAAUCUAUAUUGCCAGCGCCGGAUCUUUUGACACAGAGUGGUCCCUAAACUUAAACUUCAAGAUGGUAUAGACUUGGUCUUCUUGCUUAUUAUUGCCCCCAGUGCCUAGCACAAUUCUGACACACAAUUGGAACUUACUAAAAAUUUUUUUUACUGUU